CUUUCAAAAAUACAAAAGCUUGGGAGACAGAGAGAGUGUGUGAGAGAGAGAGGCACAUUCUCCGAAACUCACAACAUCACUCUCCUCUCUCCCUCUCCCACUGCUACAGCAAUCCUCUUCUCUCCUCUCCUCUACCUCGCUUCCUAAUCACCCUUAACCAUGUAUCCUUCAUUUUUUCCACGAAGCUGUAACAGCUCUGCUCCUUGGUUUCGUGCCUUGACAGAAUCGUCAUUUCUAGUCCUAUCAAUUUUCAAGAUGACAGUUCCAGGAGCAACUCAUUUUGAUCCAAUGUUUUUCACUACUGAAGCAAUCGGAAAUGCCUUUGUUGGCCAGUACUAUUAUGUACUGUGCAACUCCCCAGGGCUGGCUCCUAAAUUUUAUAAUGAAUCUAGUAUUCUAAGCCGACCAAAUUCGGAUGGCAUUAUGACAUCAGUGACUACCUUGAAAGAUAUUGAAGAAAAAUUGAAGUCACUGAAUUUUGUGAAUUCUUUGCCACAAAUUGAGACAGUAGAUGCUCAAGACUCUUAUCAUUCAGGGAUCAUUGUUGUUGUCACAGGUUCUUUAAGUGGAACAGAUAAUGUGAGGAGGAAAUUCACUCAAACUUUCUUUUUAGCUCCACAAGAGAAGGGGUAUUUUGUGCUGAACGAUGUUUUUAGGUGUGUCGGGGAAGCUGAGCAGUUGGAGAUGUACUCCAAACCAGUUGAUUGUGAUAAUGAAAGUUCUCCAACUGCUCCCUUGGUGUCUACUACAGUUCUUCCUUCUGUUACCUUGGUCUCUGAAAAUGUUGAAAGUGUAGCUCUGAAUGGUGAAGAGGAAGCUUGUAAUCUCUUGGAUAAGGAGAAAGAACCUGAGAUGAUAAAAGAGACUUUUGAUGAACAGACAAAUACUACUGUUCAGGAUUAUAAAGAAACGGUGAACAGCUCAGAUUCAUCUGGAAAUCUGAAAGAAGUUAAAUCUUAUGCAUCAAUGGUAAAGGUACCAAAGGAUGCUGCAAGUGGAGGUAGUAAUUUAAGGUGGACUCCUACUAAAACUAGUCCCAGAACACUUGGGUCUACAAAUCUUUCUGUUGAACCAACUGCAUCACCUCUAACCAGCGAUAUUGGUCCCCAAAGUACUAGUCUUAAAGGAGCUAAAGGGCAUUCCAUCUACAUACGGAAUCUGCCUUUAGAUGCUACAGUGGUCCUCGUUAGUGAAGAAUUUGCAAGGUUUGGGCCUAUAAAUGAUGGUGGUGUACAAGUCAAAACUCAUAAGGAUUAUGGAUAUCGUUACGGCUUUGUUGAAUUUCAAUCUUUGGACUCCAUGCAGAAUGCAGUGAAGGAAUCACCUCUUAAAAUUGGGGGACGUCGUGUUGUGGUGGAGGAGAAGAGAUCUACUAUUAGAGUUGGAAGCACCACCGGAGAUGGUGAGAGGUUCAUCUCCGAGAGGGGUAUAUUUCAGAACAGCAGGUUUAGGGGAGAUGGUUACUUUGGUGGCAGGGGAUAUGGCAGGAAUGAGCUUAGGAACAAUGGGAAGCUCACAAGCCGGCCAAAGAGUAACGGUGGAAGAUACACUGAGUAUCGCUAUCAACGUGUGGACCGGAGUUGAGUUGGAGAACAUGGUAGUCUUAUGAGGAGUAGAUUAAACUGGGUUGUAUUGGCUCUGACUUUUUGUUAGUCUUGAAUAUUUUAAAUUUCCUUAAGUCUGAUGUGUUCCUUUCUCACAAACUUAGUAAAUGGUGGUAUGCACCUUACCCGCUCUUACAUUCUUGAACGGCAUGAACAUUUUUCUGCUGUGGAUGCUUUGAAUUAUAUCGCUGGCGCAAUUAUGUGAACCUGAUUAGAUACUCAUAUAUGAAGAAAUCCUUUGAUUGGCA